CCGGAUCGCCUGCCAAGAGAAGGAGGGGCACGGUAGUGGAUCCUACACCCUCUUCUUGUUUCUCUACUAACUGCACUAUGCUUCAGAACCCUGUAAAAGGGCAGAGUCGGAGGGGAAGUGCCCCUGAGGACAACUGGGACGUUAUAGGGUUGUAGAAACUGGUGCCUUGGAUAUAGAAGAAGGAGGGUAAGGAAGGCGUUCCGGACCACGGUCUAAAGCAGGAUCCGCCCUGUCUGUGACGAAGGGCUUCCCAGAAGAGGUGGGGGUGUAUUUGCCCAAGGAUGGAGUGGUUCUGGGGGUGAUGUGGGGAGAGGGUGAGGCUGGAGGGGACCCCUCGGAGUCCGAGAUGAAGGGACUUAAUCUGAGGCAAAGGGCAAGAGGGGCUGGGCUGGAUAGAACCCGUGUACUACACAGCUCUGAGCACUAUCUGGAGAUAGUGUGGAGGCGCAAAGCCUGACGUAGUUAGGGUUUGACACAUAUUAUUAUGACUUUUUUUUUCCAUCGCAGGCAGUCCGAAGUCUCUUGCUGGCCGCCUUUGGCACCAACCGGGCGGCUCAGAACUCCAUCCCAAAGUUCAGAGUUGGGCCAUGGCUCCUUUGGGUCUCCCCAGUCCACACCUGCAGGGUAGGGUUAGGCAAAUCCCUCUCAGGAACACCAAUCUGCUCCACACCCUUCCCAACUUAACUUGAGCUGGGUUGGCCUGGGCCUGUGCCAGGCUCACAGCUGCCUUCCUCCAGUCUUGAAGGGGCCAUCCAGGUUGCUCCUUCCUUAGCUGGGCAUUAAUAAUAAGAGGGACAAAGUCCAGAGUGAUGGUGACUAAGAUGUGUCCAGGUACUUCUUAAUUCCCUCUCUCUUGAGUCUCCAGCCAGCUGAGAGGCAGGCAAGGGGAGUCUCCACAUGCAGAGGAGGCAGCUGGGUCCAGAAUGGCACCAGGACCAGUCCAGGGGCCCAUGAAGAGGGCUCUGGCCUAGGAGUCCUGGGCCGAGCUCUGCCCCAUCCUGCUGAGAGGAGACAUGAGGAAAGCCUGGAGAGAGCCCUGUAGCGAGCAGAGAGACUUCUUGUGGCCUACCUCAUCUCUAGUUGCUCCGUGGUUUCCGGAGGACCCCUCGCUGGAGAGGCAUUUUAAGGGCCACCGAGAUGCAGUUACUUGUGUGGACUUCAGUCUCAACACGAAGCAGCUGGCCAGCGGCUCCAUGGACUCAUGCCUCAUGAUCUGGCACAUGAAGCCCCAGUCACGCGCCUACCGCUUUGCGGGCCACAAGGAUGCUGUCACCUGUGUGAACUUCUCCCCUUCGGGACACCUUCUUGCCUCAGGCUCCCGAGACAAAACUGUCCGGAUCUGGAUACCCAAUGUCAAAGGCGAGUCCACUGUGUUCCGGGCACACACGGCCACAGUGAGGAGUGUCCACUUCUGCAGUGAUGGCCAGUCUUUCGUGACAGCCUCUGAUGACAAGACAGUUAAGGUGUGGUCGACUCAUCGCCAGAAAUUCCUGUUCUCCCUAAGCCAGCACAUCAACUGGGUCCGCUGUGCCAGGUUCUCUCCCGACGGGCGGCUCAUUGUGUCUGCCAGUGAUGACAAGACUGUCAAGCUGUGGGACAAGACCAGCCGGGAGUGUGUCCACUCUUACUGUGAGCAUGGCGGCUUUGUCACCUACGUGGACUUCCACCCCAGCGGCACGUGCAUUGCUGCUGCCGGCAUGGACAACACAGUGAAGGUGUGGGACGUGCGGACGCACCGGCUCUUGCAGCACUAUCAGCUGCACAGCGCAGCGGUGAACGCACUCUCCUUCCACCCAUCCGGAAACUACCUGCUCACAGCCUCCAGCGACUCGACCCUGAAGAUCCUGGACCUCAUGGAGGGCCGGCUGCUCUAUACUCUCCACGGGCAUCAGGGUCCAGCCACCACUGUUGCUUUUUCAAGAACGGGAGAGUAUUUUGCUUCUGGAGGUUCUGAUGAACAAGUGAUGGUUUGGAAGAGUAACUUUGAUGUUGUCGAUUAUGGAGAAGUCACAAAAGUGCACAGGCCCCCAGCCACCCUGGCCACCUCCUCCAGGAAUCUGAUUUGGGAGGCUUUGAGAAAGUCCAAUCUCUGCUCCCCACCGUGGUUCUGGUGCAUGGAAAGAUUGAGCAGUCUUGGCCCAGAGGUACAGCCAGAAGUGGAUUUCCCUGUCCCUCCAGGCAGAGGCAGGAGUCAGGAGUCGGUGCAGAGCCAGCCCCAGGAGCCCAUCAGCAUGCCCCAGACGCUGACCAGCACGUUGGAGCACAUCGUGGGCCAGCUGGACGUCCUCACCCAGUCUCCAUCCUGGAGCAGCGGUUGACACUGACGGAGGACAAGCUGAAGCAGUGUCUGGAGAACCAGCAGCUAAUCAUGCAGAGAACAACACCGUGAUCAGGGGAGCAAGAAUCAAGAGCUUGGUCGAUUUUGGGGGGGUGGCAGACCAGGGAUUGGUACUGUGGGACUUGGGGACUCAUUUAUUUAAAUGAAAGGGAUUCAGCUCUGUGGGCAUCACAUUCAUCCCUGAGCCCCAGAGAUUAUGCCCCUAUCUCUGUCCUCCACUGGCUGUCUGCACCUGGAGGCUCUCCACCUGGCAGUGGGAGGCCGGCCCCCUGUGGGCAGGGCCAACACAUGCAGAAUGGACUGUGUUUGGUUUAAUGUGAAGGAGUCACCCGGAAAUGUUUGCUACCUCUACCUCGGAGUCCCAGUGAGCCCUAAGAUCGCAGCUUCCCUGCCCCCUCCAGAAGAGUCCCCUUCCUGGGGUUUGUCCAACCUUCUGUCAUAUGACUGGCUCUUCCCACCCAUAGCAAUGGACUACACAUUGGAUGGGGAGCCAGGAGUUUUCUCUAAAUCUGACAAAAGGCCCAAUGUGGGUCCAUCUGAGGUUUAUCCAGGACCAAGCACUCGAGGCGGGGAGGCAGUAGCUUUGCAGUGGCCUCGAUUUCUGCCUCACGCAUGUUCACUGGGGCCUGGUGGCUUCCUCCUCUGUAUGCACGAAGGUGAAGGAAUCUGAAAUUAAAAUGGACUUUAUUGAGCUUCUCAUAAAA